ACAGUACAUUUUGGAACUAAGGACAUCAUAGUUUUGUAUGAGCUUGGCUCCCCUCUCUGCUGGACCUCUGACCUCAUUGGGUAUGGCUCAGCCGCCAACUACCUGGCUUACCUGAGCAGCCUGGGAGGGCUGCGGCUGCUGCAGCUCUGCCUCGCAGAUGCCUGGGUGGCAGAGAUAGGAUUGAUCUCCAAUAUUUCUGGACUGGUGGUGUUUUCUCUUGCCACUACAACAGCACUGAUGUUUACAGGUUAUGGGACUCUGUUCCUUUCCAUGGCAGCCACACCAGUCAUUAGAUCCAAGCUCUCCAAGCUGGUCAGUGAGACGGAACAAGGUGCUCUCUUUGCUUCUGUUGCCUGUGUGGAAGGGUUGUGUUCACUUGUGGCUACAGGAGUGUUCAACUCUCUCUACCCUGCCAGCUUGCACUUCAUGAGGGGAUUCCCAUUUCUCUUUGGGGCUAUAAUUCUUCUUAUUCCAGCAGCUUUUAUUGGGUAA